AUGCCCACCGACCACUUCCCCAAUUUCUCCUCCCAAUACAUCACCACGACCCUCGGCGCGCGCCUCUUCGUGCGCACCAGCGCCCCCAAAUCCCCCACCUCAAAACCACCCCUCCUCCUUAUCCACGGCUUCCCCCAAACCCACCUCGAGUUCCACAGAAUCGCACCCUCCCUCCCACACUUCACGCUCAUCCUGCUCGACCUCCGCGGCUACGGCGCCUCCUCCCCCAUCCCCUCCAGCACAAAUGGCUCGGCCUACACAAAGCGCCUAAUGGGGCAAGACUGCCUCUCCGUCAUGGAACAGCUCGGGUACGGGCCGGACGAUAAAUUCGCAGUCCUAGGCCAUGAUCGCGGGGCACGUGUCGCUUACCGCCUCGCAUUCGAUAACCCCGAACGAGUGUCCAAGGUUAUCGUUGUAGAUAUUGUUCCCACGGCGUCGAUGUUCCAGGGAUUCGGCGACGCCAAGGCCGGGUUGAAGGGGUAUCAUUGGUUAUUUCUUGCCCAGCCGGCUCCGUUCCCGGAGAGAUUGAUUGGCGGGGUUGAAGGGGGGAAGAUGUUUCUGGAGUAUGCGCUUGCGAGCUGGGCGGGGACGGGGACGUUGGAUGCUUAUGAUGCUGAAGUGAUGGCGGGGUAUAGGGAGGCGUAUUGCGCUGAGGAGAAGAUCCAUGCGACGUGUGAGGAUUAUAGGGCCGGGGCGUACUUUGAUCGGGUGUAUGAUGAGGAGGAGCUGGAGAGGGGGAAUAAGAUCCAGGUUCCGGUUUUGGUGGUUUGGGGCGAGGCUGGGUUCUUUGCGAGUGCGAUGAAGGCGAAGAAGGAGGGGCCGUUGGAGGUUUGGCAGAAGUAUUGUGCUGAUGUUCAGGGGAGGGGACUGGGCUGUGGGCAUUUUAUCCCGGAGGAGGACCCGGAGGCGUUGGUUGAGGAGGCUUUGAAGUUUUUGCUGUGA